AUGGGAGCACUCGACCUUGCUGGGGUUAUAGGCACCUGGGUGGCCACAGGGCUUGCAUUUAUCGCCUUAGCCGGCAUCCUGACGCCAUUUCUCAUCUGGCGAGCCGCUCACACUGAGCGAAACCGUGCAAUAUCCGCCAUUGGGCCUAAUAGCUUUGGUUUUGUGACUCGGGGGAUUCCUCUAUGGCCUGGUAUACGUCUUGGCCAUAAGGUCCGGGCCCCAAACCUCCACAAGACACGCAAAUUCGUCGAUGAGGAGUGGAAGACGUUUGACGCCAAACGCAUGCCUGCUUUUCAGGAGGACAUCCCUGAAUCGUCAGCUUCAUGGACUCAAUUCGGCGCAUUCCUACUUGCGUAUGGGGUGACUAUGGAGAAGACCGCGGAUGUCGUGGUCAGUGAGAGUGUCGCCAUGCUUCCUGUCAGCCGUGCUUUCCUGUUUGCAUUUGCCCUCGUCGGCCGUAUCUCUGAUGAUACGGACCGUCGACGCAAGAUCCGGACGGAGGGCGGUGCAAGAAAAUGGGACCGUCGCGGAUCCUCGCUGAUAAACAGAUCGGAUAUAGAGCUUGGGAUGCUUCGUGUGGCGUCUCAUUUGGGAAAGAGCCCUAAAGAAACCAUCCAUGGGUUGACGGGCAGUUUGCUCUUCUUCAAACCCUAUAGGAGCCCGGGGGACACUCCAAGCUCGUCCUGGUCCGCUGUUUUUGUGGCAGAGUCGUUGCUGAAGCCGCUUGAGAUCGAGCCAGACCAGCUCCCGCUGGCGGCCAUGGCGCUUCUUUCCAUCGGGUUUCUUCCAUUUCAUCAGGAAUGCUUUAUCAACUUUCUUGAACCGCUAGAGGAGACAGCUGGCAUCGACAGUGACGAUGAUGCAGACUCAGUCGAGGUUGGAAGAGGGUAUAGACGAAGGCUAUCAAUCCCUAAACAACAAGAUGGUGGUCAUCGUCGUUCUCAGAGAACUAGAAGAAAUUCAAGAGGAACACGGUCAAGGCCCCCAGUGCGUCCCAAGACAUGGUUCCAGCUAGAGCGGUCACGGAAGCCUGUCGUUGCAUAUGAAUUACUGGAGAUUAUCGUCUCUGAGGCGGAGGUAUUGAAUUACUUCCCGGUUCCCGCCGACAGCAAAUACUUGGCUCUGUACGAGAUGAAGCUGGACAAUCAAUCACGCUCUCAAUUAUACGACAUUGCCGACCAAACCUAUGUGCCCGCAUCGGCGCCAUGGGUGCGUCUCUCUGGAGGCGAUUCUUCUGCAGACUAUUUCAUUCGGAGGGAGGACAUCCAGCGCAUCGCAGCGAGUGUCUUGGAUCUGCCCUGGCAUCCUGAGGGCUAUCUCUUACCCGGAAUAUCUCAAGAUAAUGGAAGAGGCAAAGUCAUCACUUUGCUAUGUUCACUUGCGCUUCGGGCGCGGCCAUUUGUCGUGAGGAUGAAAGAGGGGGCCGAUAUGCUGGAUCUUAAUAUAAACGAGAAGAAGGAAUUCAUAGAAAAAACUGAGUUUAUCAUUCGCAAAACAGCCAGUUCACCAACUCGCCAUGCUCUGCUGCAGCUCCUCUUCAGAUUCGAUGUCUUCGUGGCCACCUUGGAACACGAGAACGCGGACGUCCAGCAGGCGAUCAAAAUCCUGACUCUGACCAACGACGAGUUUGCAAACCUGGUCUAUCACUCUGCUCGACAUCUCUCCAGCAAUGCGUCCUCGUUGCGCGUUGAGUACGACACCCGUUCAGGGAUCUUGACUAUCCCCGGACUGUUUGGCACAGUGCAGACAUUCGAGAUCGACGUGGCGGUCCUGAAACAGUCUCAACUCCAGCUGGGCAGCCGUGGUAUCAUCUCACUGAAACAUUCAGAUGUGCUUAAAGUAGCAUUGCGCGCGUACUUGCGCAGCCUGGUGCUAUCCAGCUGCUAUGAUGCGGAGCCCCUGACAAGUUGCUUUGAAAAUGUCACAUCUGAUGUUCUCUAUAUGUCUUGA